GCUGGGGGAACAAAAUAUCUGGAAGCGACCGUGAAGUGUCAUGUCGUCUCCGGCAGUUCUUGGCUGACUUUUACCUUUUUUUUCCUCCUCUCCCUCUCCCCCUCUGUGUGUGUGUGUGUGUGUGUGUGAACUGGAGCCAGAGCGCAGCGCGGAGAGGAGAGCAGACCUCUUUCUGAGUGACUGGACAGACUGGGACAGACGGACACAGAGCGGACAGUCACAACUGUCUCCCCCACAGUUUGACAUUACACUGAGGUUACAGCGUCAGAGAUGACGGGGGGCUGCUUGUUCACGACUGGACUGCUUCUUCUCGCUGCUUGUGUGAAGCUUGCUGUUUGGGCCAAUGAUGGGGACGCAGUGUUCAUCAGGGAAUUCACUCUGAUUCGACGAGAUCACCUUGCAGAGGAGCCUCUCCAUGAUGGCAACCAGAAACCAGAGGACCCAAGCUCACGGACGGCCCGAUCAGAAGAAGACAGAGACACUCUGUGGGAUGCCUGGGGCUCGUGGAGUGAAUGCUCCCGUACCUGCGGAGGAGGCGCCUCAUACUCGCUCAGACGAUGCCUCAGUUCCAAGACCUGCGAAGGACAGAAUAUCAAAUAUCGCACAUGCAGUAAUGUGGAUUGCCCUCCAGAUUCAGGUGAUUUCCGUGCCCAGCAGUGUUCAGCUCAUGCAGACGUGCAAUAUCAGGGUCAGUACCAUGAGUGGCUGCCUGUGUACAAUGACCCAGACAACCCCUGCACUCUUAAGUGCAAAGCCAAGGGCUUGGGCGUUGUGGUGGAGCUGGCGCCCAAGGUUCUGGAUGGGACACGCUGUUACACUGAAUCCUUGGACAUGUGUAUCAGUGGAAUCUGCCAGAUUGUAGGUUGUGAUCAUGAGUUGGGGAGCACAGCAAAGGAGGACAACUGCGGUGUGUGCAAUGGAGACGGCUCAUCCUGCAGACUGGUGCGAGGACACUACAAAUCCCAGCAUACAUCAGGAAAAACUGAGGACACAGUUGUUGCCGUCCCCUAUAAGAGUCGUCAUGUGCGUCUAGUCCUGAAAGGCCCGGAUCACUUGUACGUGGAGAGUAAGACUCUACAAGGCGUAAAAGAUGAGCUGUUCUUUGACGAGUCAGGGCAGUAUCACCUGGAGAACACCACCCUGGACUACCAGAAACUGUCAGAUAAGGAGGUCCUGAGGAUCACUGGCCCGCUGGGAGCUGACUUCACAGUCAAAGUGCAGUUAGCCAGUGGAGCAGACAGUGUGGUCCAGUACAUCUACUACCAGCCCAUCAUCCACCGCUGGAGAGAGACCGACUUCUUCCCUUGCUCCGUCACCUGUGGUGGAGGGUACCAGCUGACCUCGGCAGAGUGCUUUGACCUUCGGAGCAGCAAGGUGGUUGUAGAUCAGUACUGCCAUUAUUACCCAGAGAACAUCAAACCUAAACCCAAACUGCAGGAAUGCAACAUGGAGCCCUGCCUGGCCAGUGACGGCUACAAGCAAAUAAUGCCAUAUGACCUCUACCACCCGCUGCCUCGAUGGGAGAGCAGUCCGUGGACCGCGUGCUCCACCUCCUGUGGCGGAGGCAUCCAGAGUCGCUCAGUAUCCUGCGUGGAGGAGGACAUGCAGGGCAUCAUCACUCCCACUGAGGAGUGGAAGUGUCUCUACUCCCCCAAGACGGCUAUCCUGCAGCCCUGCAACACCUUCGACUGCCCCACCUGGCUGGCACAGGAGUGGUCACCGUGCACGGUGACCUGUGGUCAGGGUCUGCGCUACAGGGUGGUGUUAUGCAUUGAUCACAGAGGCCUCCAUGCUGGAGGUUGUAAUCCCACCACCAAGCCCCACAUCAAGGAGGAAUGCCUGGUGACUGUGCCCUGUUAUAAGUCCAUCGAUACGCUUCCAGUCGAGGCAAAACCUGUGUGGCAUAAGCAGGCCAUAGAACUGGAGGAGGAGAUCAGCGUUACUGAGGAACCAACCUUCAUCCCUGGUCCCUGGCAGCCCUGCAGCAGGACAUGCGGCGCCGGGACCCAACGACGUAGCGUUAAGUGCCAGGUCUUGCUAUCCUUCUCCCAGACUGUUGCUGACCUGCCUGAUGACGAGUGUGAGGGGGUGAAACCUGCUACGAGUCAGCCCUGCUACCGUACUCCCUGCUCUGGUGUUUCGGGCCAAGGAAAAGAAAGCGAAAAGGAGGGAGAGGAAGAGGAGGAGGAGGAGGAGGAGGGGGAGACACCUGGAAGAGAGGAACUGCACGACUGGGAGUACGAGGGGUUUACGGAGUGCUCAGAGAGUUGCGGGGGAGGUGUGCAGGAGGCGGUGGUCAUCUGCCUGAACAAGCAGACCAGGGAGGCAACAGAUCAGACCCUGUGUGUGAGCUCCCGUCGGCCCCCGCAACUCCUGCAGGACUGCAAAACUCAGCCCUGCCCACCCAGGUGGGAAACAGGGGAGUGGAGUUCAUGCUCUGCUACCUGUGGGGUUGGUCUGAUGACGCGCACUGUGGCGUGCACUCACCAGCCCUCUCGGGACAGCAACCGUACUGAGGUUUUGAGGGAUGAAGACUGUCAGAGCCCCAAACCCAAUCCUGUCCAAGCCUGCAACCGCUUUGACUGCCCUCCUGUGUGGGACACACGUGACUGGGGACAGUGCUCCCAGAGCUGUGGUGGUGGAUUUCAAAAGAGGCAGGUCCUGUGCAAACAGCGGUUGGCGGAUGGCAGCAUCCUGGAGCUGCCUGACACCUUUUGCCCUUCAAAGACUCCUGCAAAUCAGCAGCCCUGUGGCAAACAAGAGUGCCCACCUCAAUGGGUCACAACUGACUGGUCCCAGUGCUCAGUGACCUGUGGAAAUGGCAUUCAGAGACUACAGUCAGUCUGCAGAAAACAAGGGGCAGGAAGGGGGCAUUGGAUCGUAGCCUCUGAAAACUGUUCCCUAAUGGCUCGGCCCACCAAAAUCCGGCCAUGCUCCCUCAGGCUCUGUGAGAACUCUGUCAAGCCUGAUCCCACCAUACUGGCCCAGAAGAAAGUGUAUAUCCAGUGGAGGAAGGGCAAAAAGAUACAGCUGAUAGUGGGAGGCUAUGCCUACCUGCUCCCUUGGACAACUGUGGUCCUUCGCUGCCCAACCCGCCACUUCCGCAAAGGCCAAAUCCGAUGGUUGAAGGAGGGAAAGCCCUUGGUCAGUCUCCCACAUCUCUCUAUAACACCACUAGGAUACGUGAAGAUUCAGCAGGUUCGUGCAUCUGAUGCAGGGGUAUACACAUGCAUCGCAGGUCAGGCACAAGAACAUUUUGUCCUACAGAUCAUUGGCAGCAAGCAGAAGCUAUCUGUUCCAGAGUCAUUGCUCGUGGCAGAUGGACAACAAAAGGUUGGGCAGCCAGAUGUGCCCACAACAGGAGAAAGAUUUCAGGAACUACCGAUCUCCCUCAAUCAAUAUGACAACAUUGUUGAGCAGUUGCUUGAACUCAAAGGUUCCCUCCAAGAUGAAAAAGACACUGCUGACAAAACACACUCAAGUGAAAAGAACAGGUCGACCCUGGAGGAUGAGAGAGCUAGUUCAGAACUUUCAAACCUGCCUGUGCUCAUCGCCGAUACCCACAGGCUAGAUGAGAUCAUGCACAACUUCUCUGAAGGCCUCGGAGGACCAUGGGGGGAACAACUCAUUGCGCAAUUGCUCAGUGAGCUCACUAUGACACAAGGAGAAACCAAUGAGUCUACUCUUUAUCCCCCGGACAGUGCAGAAUCUUCCACGCAAGGGCCCCUCCUUUAUAAACCGAACAUCAAAGCCCACACGUCCAGGCCAAGAAGCCCGGUGAUAAUCCAACGCUCCAGAAAGGUGGGAGCUGUGCUGUCAUCUGAAAUGAUAGUUCAUGUGGGAGCGCCAGUUUUUCUGCAGAAACCCAUGACUAGUUUGGAGCUGAGGUGUGAGGCACUAGGGAACCCUGAGCCAUCCCUGACAUGGACAAAAAAUGGAAAAGAGUUGAACUACAACAGCAGAGUAGGCCUGUUGUCCACUGGCUCACUUAGGAUCCAGUCUCCAAGCAAGGCAGAUGAGGGUCUGUACACCUGCACUGCCAGGAACCGUUUUGGAUUGACAUCUCUUUCGUCUUGGCUGCAGAUUUCAGGUGGCAAAGGAAGAAACUGUGUCCAAGGUAAUGGUAUGGGAACAAAUGGCCCUAUUUGCUCUGAGAGGACUAACAGUAACCAGUCAGCUGAGCUGUGCCAUGGACAAUCCUGCCCCCUCAGGUGGCGAAUGGAUCCUUGGUCUCCAUGCUCAACCAAUUGUGGAGGUGGAUCCCAGUCCAGGAGUGUCCGCUGCAUGAAGGGUCCUGAGGGCAAAUCAAGAGAGGUGGAGGGCCAGCACUGCCUCGGCACAGGGAGGAGACCCUCUGACACCAGGCUAUGCAACCUACAGCCCUGUGCCAGAUGGGCCACUACCCACUGGGGAGCGUGUCACGGUCAAUGUGUGGGUCCCAGUUUGGCCACACAGCACCGCCAUGUUUACUGCCAAGACAACAAUGCCACCAAACUCCCCUACAGGAUGUGCAGUGGACUCCAGAGGCCCAGCUCUGUAAAGAAUUGCUCCACAGAUGCCUGUGCCCUUCACUGGCGUGUAGGGCCGUGGACACAGUGCACUGCCACCUGUGGACGGCACGGUUUCCAGUCACGCCAGGUGACCUGCGUCCACCGUCGAACUGGAAAGGCCACACGUGAACAUCACUGCAUGUGGAAGCCGCGCCCUCCCAGCUGGCAGCGAUGCAAUAUUUUGUCCUGUGGCAGAGCAGGAGAGUGUCGAGACAGCACGAGGUACUGCGAAAAAGUUCGACAGCUAGAGCUUUGCCCGCUGCCCCAGUUUAAGAGUCGCUGCUGUCAUUCCUGCCAAAACACCUGAGACUGGGACGUAAGACGAGGGCCAUGGACGACCUUGAUAGGUCAGAAAGAUGCUCCAACAGCCGACAGAGACUUGAAACCUCAAUGCCCCAUCCUUACACCCACAACUGUCUUCAAUGAUCAGUCUUGGCUGGGGAUGCCUGAGUGUGGAGGAAUGUUUGGAUGAUCAUACCUCGAGUGGUUGUGAUCUUAUUUCCUCAAAGAUAUUAUGUGUUGGUUUGAAUUUGAAAGUUUUGAGAGGAGUGUCUGCUAAUGAAGGCUUCAGUUUUACUUCUUUUUUUUUUUAAAAAUCUGACGGUCACGAAGCUUUCCUAGAUUAUGCAAACGUAACUAAGAUACAUUUCCAUUGUGAGUAACAGAAACUUGUGGUGACUGCAGUGUUUCAUAAAGGGGAAGUCAUAAAAAACUGGUGUAGUUUCAGGGUUUUUUAUAAAGGAAUGGAAUGAUAAUGCUGCACCACCACCAUUGUAACACCCUCACUUCAUCUCCAAAACAGGGUGCAUAUUAUCAUGCAAUUCACCUUAUAAAUAUGUGAUUAAUACACCUGUUUUUCAUGGAUUGACUUCAUACCCAGGGUUUCUGGGUAGACCCCUGAGCUUUUGAUAACCACUGGAUAGUUGUGUGCUUGCCUUUAUUGCAAUGGUCUCCAAAACAGUGUUGAUAAAUGGUUUUGAUGCUAAAUGAGAUUUUAUGAUAGAUGUAUGGGUAGACUGUUGUUUAAACAGAGCACAAUGUUGCAUAUAAAUGGGAACUGGCAAAGAGCCUUCUAUUUUUAAUACAUUAUAUGCAGUGCAUUUGGUAUCAACCACAUGGGAAAUAGAUUAUGGUUUGUGUUAUCAUUUUUGAGCAAUUUAGCACGUGUUUAAAAAGGAAAAAAUUAAGGUUGCAGGCGUUGCAUCUGCAUUUUUCAUAGAAUUAAAAAGUAGGAAAUGAUAAAGAUUUAUCUUGCAUGGGUUGCACUAUGGAGGUGUAUGACUGAAGCAAGUCAAUUUUUGGAAAAACGACACUUAUUUUGCACUCAACUCAUCCAAGUCUUUGUUAAGAACAUGGCUUGUUGAGUUUGUUUUUUGUUUUAGUUUGUAAAGUUACAUUGUUUAUAUAUUUUGUUUUGUGAUUUCUUGCAAAGAUAUUUGAUAAACGUCCCUUUUAACCACUUUAUGACUCUCUCUGACAAAUUAUAUUUUUGCUUUAGUGCGACAUUUUAGGGGAAAAAACAGUUACAUUUGACAGUUCUUGUGUAACUCUUUUUUCUUGGACAGAUUUCAGUGUUAGUUGAACUUAAAACAUGUAAAUAUUAACUCUGUUUUACACUUGGAUAUUGGUUGAAGCAAGAGGGAACUGUUUAUAGUCAUUAUUAAUGAAAACCAUAUUUGUGCCAGAUAGGCAGGGUUUGCACUUUUGACAUUAUGUCCUGAGUUCCACAAUGCAUCAAGUGCAACACAUACCUUAGCUGAUAACUUGGACUUUCUAGGUGUGAUUAUUUUACUUUGUAAAAGACAAAUAUGAUUAACAUAUUACUUAUGCUCUUAAGUUAUGUAGAUAUUUGUUUUGUCCUUUUAACUAUUUAUUUUCAUUUGUGUUCUUGUGCAUAGUUUUGUAAAUAAUUACAGGGGUGGGUAUUAAGUAUUCAUUUCCUUACAGGUUUUUUUGGUAUUUGAUGUGCAUGCAAUGGGGACCCUCUGCUGGUGAACUGAUGUGUUGCUUCCUGCUCAUGCCUGGUUUAUCAUUAAAUAAA